AUGGAAUUUUUUCCGGCUUUUCAAAGCAAUAAACGGAGAUCUUCCCCAUGUUUAGUCAGUAUCAAUUAGUUUCUUUCAGAGAUAGCUCGAACUGAAAGCAACGGGAACUCAGCGCAACUUAGAACAUACAGUGCUCUAUUUUGGUUGCUGGCGUAGCUGGAAAUUAUGGCGUCUUCCUGGAUGCAGUUUUGUCUCAUCAUUGCUUUCAUAAUCUUUGCUGAAUGUAUAAUCAAUGGAGUUGGAUUUCCAGUUGCUGAGGAGGAAAAUGCAUAUGAGAAAGUCAUAGUUUGCCAAUUUGGAAUGCCUGAGGAGCACGAGGGAAAUAAGGCAUCUGCUUGCGUUGAGAUGCUGACAAAAUUCAAGUCGAAGGUUAACGAACUCACUCAGGAAAUGGAAAUACUCAUAAAAGUUGAAGAAGACGAACUCGGGUCUGGCAUUUACAGCACGCAGGAGCUAACAGAGAUGAAGUCGAGGCUUAUAGACGUCACUCAAACAUUGGAAACUCUCAUAAAUAAUGAAAUGGAGGGAUCUGGCUCCGCCUCUGGCAACAUCCCGUCUCAGGAAGAAAAUGAUGAAGGCUCAGCAUCCUAUUGCAACCCACAGGUUAUUUCAAUGGCAGAGACAUGGCUUAGAUCGCUGAAUCUACAAGUGCAGGCAGUCAUAAAUGCGUCAAAGGCUACCGUCGAUCCAACUGAAGACCCUUUAACAGACCAGGUAUGUCCAAAUGGCUGGGCUCAUCAUGGAGACUCGUGUUUCCACAUUAUCGAUAGCCCAACCCCAAAGUGGAGGAAAGCUCGAGUAAUGUGCCAAAGGCUAGGUGGAGAUCUCGGCAAAAUCACAACAGCCAGCGAAAAUCAGUUCGUCUAUGAUCUUCUUCGCAAGCAGAAAACAGUCACACACUACGGAGUAUGGUUAGGACUUCACCGCAAGAAAGAUCAACAGUUCUACUGGGUAGACGACACUCCUCUCUCGGGUUACACAGCAUGGGGCAAUGGGGAACCAAACGACUCGGCAGCACACGGAGGAGAAAAUUGUGUCCACAAGAUUGGAGAAAAACGAUGGUGGCCUUUUCAACCAGGACAGUGGAAUGAUGUUCCAUGUAGCUUGCACGGUAUAGUUCCUUCGGAUAUCGCCCCAGUUGUGCUCUGCCAGAAGAAAAUUGUCUUGGACGUACUUUCAUUUUAGUUAAGCUUUCACCGGUUAACUUAAAUAUGUUCUACUUGAUCUUGACUUGUUAGACCAAAGACUAAGCUGGGGGCUCUUCGUUACUCUGUGGUUCAGUCAACUGUGAGCCACAAAACGUAUACUUCCCCGUUUGUCGGCAUAAAGAAAAAUUAAAAGACUGGGCUUUCAUUCGCGUUUUGAAGUCCUAUUUAGUACUCUAUGUUUAUGUCCGGCCAAUACCCCAAGUGAGUCAUGGCUGAAAAUGAAAGUGAAGUUUAGGCAAAGCAUAUGAAUGACGACCGGAUUCUACAACAAAUUACAAAGUAUUUGAAUGUAGUUUUAUCGUUUAGGAUGCAAGAAUCCAGGAAUAAAGUUUGCUGAAACCUUUCUACGAACUAACUCUUUCAAUAUCAAGUAAAUUGAUUGAAAAAAAGGUGAAUAACAGUUCCAACAGGAUAAAGCGAUGAUGAUGAUGAUGUUGUAUCAAACAAUAAAAGCGGUGAUUAAACUGCUAAAUUCUGUUA